UCUGCAUUCUGACCACCCCUCAUCUGCCCGUCUCAUCUGCAUCCAUCCUCGUGAGCCGGCGAAUCCAUCGUCAGACUCCUUGUCCGUUGCUCUAGAGGACCGAACAGGCCCGAACAGGCUCUAGCUGCGCGCUACUUCGAACGUGGCUACGCGCCUUCGCUGGCACCACCAACGUCUUGGCUACGUUCACAAAAGUAGUACUCACCAACGUAGUGUCCUACUGAGCCUGCGAGACCGCAACAAUGGCUCGGCCAAGAGACUCGCGCUCACCAAGUCCUGCAGGCAGUCCCAACAGCUCACGCCGCCCCCGCAAAGAUGACGACCGACGGGACAGGGAUCGCCGCGAUGAUGGGAGAGACCAUCCUCGGGGCACGAGGUCGCGCAGUCCUGAUGUGAGGAAACACCAUCGCAACGCCCGCGGGCUCUAUUCUGACGAAAUGCUCCAUGAACAGCCCCGAUACCGCAACCGAGAUCGUGAUCGAGACAACAGAGAUCGAGCCCGAGAUCGCGACUACUACCACCGCAGGGACCGCUCCCUAGAUCGACGAGACGAUGACUACUACCGCGGCGGACGUCGUGACCGCCGAGAUAGAGACCGGCGAAGGUCGCGAGACCGCUUUGACGAUAGAAACCGAUCGCCAGACCGUCAACAGAACCGAAGCCGAGGAGGCGACAGGGACUUCAGAAGGCGAGAGGAUUCCCGCGACCGAGCGCGUGGCCACCGCGAAGGUACGGCUGACUCGCAUGCGCGUAGCAUUCGCGAUGAGAGUCGCCAUCAGAAAACACCAAUGGGCGACAGCGGCAACGCGAGCAGCAACGAGGCCCAAAAGCCAAAGGCGACCGCUUCCCAGGCCGAGGUUGACAAGAAAGCUGAACGACUCGCGAAGCUCGAAGCGUGGAAGAAAAAGAAGGAGAUCGAGAGCCAGAAACAAAAGGAAGUCAACCCAAGCCAGACACGAAACCUCCUGGCUGAGAUGGACAUGAAGGCAAGUGGCGCCUCAUCAAGAACAGUGUCCCCUGUCGUUUCCGCCGUUGCUUCACCUGCUACCAAGGAUUCGCCAAGCGCCGCUUCCCCCGUGACACCUUACACUGGGAAGUUCGAUCCCAAGGCCAUCGCCAAGAAGUCGGCAGCUUCGCGGUCCCACGAAGCCGGAAAACCAGUUCUUGGGGCGUUUGGUGCGCAACCUGAGACGGUAUCAGUAACUGUGAAACAAACAAGCACUGCCUCAGCCCUUCCCGCGAAUCGACUCAAAGCCAGUGGUUUCGGCUUUACCAAGUCGCAUGCAGAGAAUGACAAGCUCCCCAGCAAGCGCAAGCUCGACUUGGACGAGGAAGAUACCACGAAGCGAAAACUCACGAAGCUACCCGCCCUCCCGAUCGAAACCGACGAUACCCCUUACGCUGAUCAGGAUGAGGAUGACGAAGAGGAUGGAGAUGUUUUUGCAGAAACUGAGGAGGAAGCAGCCGCCGCCGCUCGUGCUGCUCAUGAGAAGCGGCUGCAGGCGGAGAGCCAGGCAGCCCAAAGCGAACAAGAGUCAAAGGCAGCCGAAGCUCAAACCAACGGCCAGGCGGCCACUAAUGGUGAACCUGAGAAGCCCGCCUCGCCGGAACAAAUGGAUGUAGACGAGGGUGACGGUGUGGACCCGUUGGAUGCGUUCAUGGCUGAUCUAAAGCAAACGGAUGUCAGGAAGCCAGCCAAGGCAUCUGUGACAGCCAAGGUUCAAGAGCCUGAAGCUUACUUCAGCGAUGAUGACUAUGCGUUCAAGGCCAAAGAAGAAGGUGACGCCAAUGCUUUCCUGGCGAUGACGAACAAGCGGAAGAAGAAGGACAUCCCGUCCAUCGACUACACCAAAAUCGAAAUUGAACCUAUCAGAAAGAACUUCUGGGUUGAACCAGCGGAGCUAAGCUCCCUCACUGAAGCCGAGGUGGCAGAUUUGCGCCUAGAGCUAGAUGGGAUCAAGGUCAAUGGAAAGGACGUUCCCAAGCCUGUCCAAAAAUGGGCGCAGUGUGGUCUGACACGGCAAACCUUGGACGUCAUCGAACACCUGGGUUACGAGAAGCCUACUCCGAUUCAGAUGCAGGCGGUGCCAGCAAUCAUGUCUGGUCGCGAUGUUGUGGGUGUUGCGAAAACGGGUUCAGGAAAAACGGUUGCCUUCCUGCUUCCCAUGUUCCGACACAUCAAGGACCAAACUCCGUUGAAAGACACAGACGGUCCCAUUGGUCUGAUUAUGACACCGACGCGAGAGCUGGCCACCCAGAUCCAUCGCGAUUGCAAACCUUUUCUAAAAAUGAUGGGGCUUCGUUCGGUGUGUGCGUAUGGAGGUGCCCCUAUCCGGGAGCAGAUUGCCGAGCUAAAGCGUGGUGCCGAGAUCGUUGUCUGCACCCCAGGGCGAAUGAUAGAUCUGCUAGCUGCGAACCAAGGCCGGGUAACGAAUCUUAAGAGAGUCUCUUACGUGGUCUUGGACGAGGCGGAUCGAAUGUUUGACAUGGGCUUUGAGCCCCAAGUCAUGAAGAUUUUUGCCAACAUGCGACCGGACAGACAGACAAUUCUCUUUUCAGCGACCAUGCCACGAAUCAUCGACUCGUUGACCAAAAAGGUUCUCAAGGCGCCCGUGGAGAUCACUGUGGGUGGCCGAAGCGUCGUAGCAAAGGAAAUCGAGCAGAUUGUCGAGGUUCGCGAGGAAACCACAAAGUUCUUGCGGAUCCUGGAGCUUCUGGGCGACCUUUACGACCGAGACGAGGACGCACGCACACUGAUAUUUGUUGAACGCCAAGAAAAGGCUGACGAUCUACUCAAAGAGUUGAUGAUGAAGGGCUAUCCUUGCAUGUCCAUCCACGGAGGCAAGGAUCAAAUCGACCGAGACUCGACCAUAUCAGACUUCAAGAAGGGUGUCGUGCCCAUUCUGAUUGCUACUUCUGUGGCGGCACGUGGUCUCGACGUCAAGCAACUCAAACUCGUCGUCAACUACGAUGCUCCAAAUCACCUGGAGGACUACGUCCACCGCGCCGGUCGUACAGGGCGUGCUGGAAACACGGGUGUGGCUGUAACGUUCGUUACGCCGGAGCAGGAAAACUGUGCCCCUGGCAUUGCAAAGGCGCUAGAGCAGAGUGGCCAGCCGGUACCUGAACGUCUUAAUGAGAUGAGGAAAGCCCACCGCGAGAAAGUCAAAUCUGGAAAGGCAAAGGAUACCUCUGGCUUUGGUGGCAAGGGCCUAGACCGGCUAGAUCAGGAACGAGAGGCCGCCCGCCUCCGCGAGAGGAAAACGCACAAGGCGGAGGGCGAGGAGGAGGAGGACAAGGAGGAAAAGAAGGACGAUGAGGAGAAGGCCGAGAAGGCACUGAGCGCUAUCAGAGCAGCUGCGUCGGGUGUGCAGUCACGUGAGACGGCGAAGACGGAGCAGCCAGAGGUGAAGCCUGUGCAGCCCGUCAUCCAUGGUCCCACUGCGACUACCAAGGACAGCAAGGCGAAAGACCCGCUCGACAAGGUCAGUUCGGCUGUCAGUGCCAUCAAUAGCCGUCUGGGCAAGGCCGGCCAACUACGCGCCGGCCAGCCCAUCGACAACAAGGGCCCGGAUGCAGGAGCGUACCACGCUACGCUGGAAAUCAACGACUUCCCCCAGAAGGCCAGAUGGGCCGUCACGAACCGGACGAACGUGGCCAAGAUUCUGGAGGCCACGGGCACCUCCAUCACCACCAAGGGCAACUUCUACCCUCUGGGCAAGGAGGUUCCGGCAGGCGCAGAGCCGAAGUUGUACAUUCUCAUCGAGGGCGAUACGGAGGUUGUAGUAAGUUCGGCCUUGACCGAGUUGACCCGGUUGUUGCGCGAGGGUACGAUUGCCGCAGCAGAUGCAGACAGCCGAGCCCCUGCGAGCGGCAGAUACACCAUUACUUGAGUCGCGCCAUGGCCGAGGUUAGCCGAUACGGAAGAGGGAAAAGUGCUGCGAAUGACACCAACGGAAAAAAGAGAGCUACUGUAUUGGGCAAAAUUGUUCAACGGGCGUUGCGGCGGGAAAGGCGCAACUGGGCAACUCGCCAUGUAUAGGAUUUCAAGGAGUUAAUGGGUGGCGGAUGUCUAGUAAAAGAAACAAAAUCGUUAUUCUCGCACGCA